UAUUCUUUUUCAAUAGCAAAAAAUUCAGACAUCUCAAUAAUUGUCCUGUAUAAUUGAGGCAUCGGAUCAAGAUGAUGGCCUUCACGGCCCAUGAUUGCAGCAGCAAAGGUUUGUGGAUACAGUAGCCGCUUUCACUACCCAAUUGCUUUAUAUACCCUCCAAGAUCACAAUUUUACAAAACCCAUAUCCAAAUCCAGCUUACAUAAUACCACAAGUUCAAGUUCAGAUGAAGAGUAAGAGCAAUAUAAAGAGCAAGAGCAAUCUUCUGUGGAUGGAAUCCCUGAGCUUGGCCUGCUGUCCCGAAACGAGCUCACCGUCAAGCAGCGGGAAAGUAGUCGACGAUGAAGUGGGGAGCGCCAUGACGGAAGAACUGACGUCUUCUAACGGGGAAGCGGCGGUGGCGGCGGUGGCGGUGGAGGAGAGGAGGAAAAGUGGUGGUGGAGGUGGACUGGAGCGAAUGGGAAGUGGAAUGAGCGUUGUGUCGGCGGCGGGCGGCGGCGAAUCCGACGGUGGAGAUGAGCUGAGAAGAUACUCAACGUUAGAUCAGGGAAAACUCCCGUCGUCGCAGUAUAAAGGCGUUGUUCCACAGCCAAAUGGGCGGUGGGGAGCUCAGAUUUACGAGAAACACCAGCGGGUUUGGCUGGGGACAUUCAAUCGGGAAGAAGACGCUGCUCGCGCAUAUGACCGUGCGGCUCUGAAAUUCCGCGGCCGCGACGCCAUCACCAAUUUCCGCCCCGCCGCCGACUCCGAUCCAGAGGCGCGUUUCAUGAGCCGCCAUUCCAAAGAACAAGUCGUCGACAUGCUACGAAAGCAUACGUACGACGAAGAGCUUAGCCACCACACCAGCGCCGCUAUAAGCGGCGGCGCCGCCAUCGAAGCGACGGCGGACGGGGCUUCGAAUUCGGGCCACGAAGGCAAUUCGACCGCCGCCGCCGCCGACUUUUCGUCCCGUGAGCACCUCUUCGACAAGGCCGUCACGCCCAGCGACGUCGGGAAGCUGAACCGGCUGGUGAUUCCGAAGCAGCACGCCGAGAAAUAUUUUCCGUUGGACGUGAGUUCGAAUGACAAGGGUUUGCUCUUGAAUUUCGAGGAUAAUACGGGAAAGGCCUGGAGAUUCCGGUACUCUUACUGGAACAGCAGCCAGAGUUAUGUGUUGACGAAGGGCUGGAGCCGGUUUGUGAAGGAUAAGAAACUGGAAGCCGGUGACAUUGUUUCAUUUCACAGAGGGACGGCGGACGCCCGCCAGCUUUUCAUCACUUGGCGGCGCCGCCCUUCCGGGCAUGGGCAGGGGCAGCACCAUGGGAAAGGAGCUACAAGUAUAGCUUACGGUUCUGUGAGCUCUUAUAAUCCGCAGUGGAUGCACAUUUACUGGCCUAAUUCUGGAUCACCCCACGGUCACAUGGAGUCCGCCGUCUGGCCGCCGCCUGCUAUCCCGCUGUAUUUCUCAGCCGCCGCCGCCGGGAAACAUUUCGACGGCGGCUUUGUUGCGCCUCAGCCGGAGAAAAAAGCCCAGAGGAAAGAGGAGAAGAAGGAAGUCAGAUUGUUCGGGGUGAAUUUGGCGGAGUCUCAGAGAUGUGGGGAGUUAAUUCUGUUCCCUUAAUGUAUUAAUUACUUUUUAACUCUGCUCGAUUGUAGCAAUACGUGUAAUCUGUAACAUGUAAAUUUCAAGCACGGUUCAAAGAGCUUUUAAUUUCGAUUGCCUGGUUUUUUGGUUCA